CAGACGGUACGGACCUCUAAUCCUGCAUCCGUGUUUCACAGCUCGGCAAACCAUUUCUACACAUCGGGGAACGGUCUUUGCCUGAAGACAGUUUAUGUGCACUGUCAUAAUUAAGCUCCUGUCAAAAUCAGGAAAAAACAACGUGGUGCCAUGAUGAAGGAAAUCAGUCUCCUGUUACUGUUUUUUUCUAUGGCCAGUGGAAAAGUUACAGGCCUUGGUCCUCCAGGAAAGCCAACUUUGACAAACUGUCGCUCACCUGAAAAGGAGACUUUUACAUGCUGGUGGAAGCCUGGCUCAGAUGGAGGACUGCCUACCACCUAUGCCUUGUACUAUCUUAAAGACAACUCUGAAGCAUUAUAUGAAUGCCCUGAUUAUCGCACAGCAGGCAAGAAUUCCUGUUUCUUUAACAAGAAUGAAACAUCUGUCUGGGUCAACUAUAACAUUACUGUUGUGGCCACCAAUAAAAUGGGGAGAACGUUUUCUGAUCCAGUGGAUGUGGAUGUUGCUUACAUCGUUCAGCCCCACACGCCUGAGAAUGUGACAGUAAAUGUGAUGGAAGACAAGGGUUGGCCCUUCUUGCGCGUGUCCUGGGAAUCACCUCACAAGGCUGAUAUCCGUUCCGGAUGGAUCACUCUGAUCUAUGAGCUCCGGAGCAAGAUGGAGGGGGAAGAGGAAUGGGAGGAACAUUUUCCCGGUCAGCAAAAGACAUUCAACAUUUUCAGUGUCAGAUCAGGAAGCUCCUACCUUGUUCAGGUGCGCUGCAGACCUGAUCACGGCUUUUGGAGUGAAUGGAGUCCUACAACCAAAACCAAAGUGCCUAAAUAUUUUAUGGGACGAUCUCUGUGGAUUCUUAUUUUAGUUUUCUCCUCCUUGGUCAUUCUCAUUCUUGCUUGGAUUAUUUACAUGAAUAGCCAUAGUUUGAAGCACUGUAUUCUACCACCGGUCCCUGGUCCUAAAAUUAAGGGAUUUGAUCAUCAACGUUUGAAGAACGGCAGUUAUAAAGAUGGAUUAAGCGCAUUGAUGAUUCCUGAAUAUCCUCCAACCUCCUCAUCCAACUAUGAUGACCUGCUGGUGGAAUACUUGGAGGUAUUUGUCACUGGCGAGCAAGAGGCAUCCAUGGAAGAAGGCAAAGAUAUUCAGGACCACUACUGCAAAUCCGAAAGCUCAACAUGUGACAGUGACUCUGGCCGUGGCAGCUGUGAUAGCCACACUCUGCUGAUAGACAAAUGUAAAGAGAAAAGUAAAGAUGAACUAAACUCCAACUGUGAAGAUGACGGUGAGAUCACAGAGCUGGAGAUUUCCCAAAACAACCAAGAUGAGAAGAUGUUGAGCUAUCAAGGCAGCCCUGACACAUGCAAUGGGCGAGUGAAGACAUGGCCCUCUGUUUUUACACCUCUGCCACAGUACACAAGUGCAAUCCCACAAAAGACGUCAUUGGAAAUUGUGAAACAGCACUGCCUUUCCGAUACCUUAUUUCCACCUGGUUCCAUGUCAUCUAACUUCAUCAACCAAAAUGAGUCUUUUGGGCCAAGCUACUGGGAAUUUAGCCAAAAUAGCAAGCAACUACCUCAAAUGCACCCACAAACUUCAGAGCAUCUCCAGGCUCACAGCGAUAUCAACAUCAGUAAAAAGGCCAACGAAAUUCUGACUCUGUUCAAAUCUACACAAUAUGUGGAGGUAAAAAAAGUGAAUAAUGAGGAUAUGGUUCUUCUACAGCCUGUGGAGUCAACUACCCAAAGCCAUGCUGAGGGCUGCCCCCAUGUACAUCAGGGAGAUGUUUACAGUAAGGUCAAAGGAGUGAACGGUGACAAAAUGUUACUUCUGGAAAGUGGCGUGAAUGUAACGGCACAGGAAAUGGACAGGUGUUUUUGUGACAAGAUGGAGACAAAUGCAGUGAAAGAAAGUUGUUACAUGUCAUCAGCUAAUGUUUGGAAGCACAAAUAUCCCCCCAUGCAAACCCUCACCUUGCCAGUACAAGAAGAGCAGAAACCAUUUGCUGCAAAUGGUUAUGUUGACACUGCCACUUUGUUUUCAGUGCCCAUGUAAUUAAGUGCCCAAAGACUGGGGCAGUCCAUGGCCUGUUUUUAAUGUCAGAGCUAUACUGACAAAGUGACUGCUGCUUCAGAAAAUGAUUGUAUUUUGUUCCCACAAAAUUUAUUUAUCUUUUUCACUGAAAUUUAUAUUUUAUCACUCCAUAUGAUGUUUUGAUGUGUUAUUUUAUAUUGUGUAUAGCAGUUUGGCAAGGGAAAUGUUACUGCCCCUAACAUAAACUCUUUGCUGUCAAAAUACAAAACAUUUAAUUGUAGCAGUGCAAUAUAUGCGAGUGAAUGCUUAUCAGUCUCAGUGUUAGGCCCAUUGAGCAAAUAAGAAAUAUGAAAGUAGCGCAAUGAAUGUGCACACCAUGCAAGACAAAAUCAAGCUAUAUAACGUUUUCUACAAUUCUAAAGGUGCACUACAUAAUAUUGUUUAGUGGAGGCUACGCCACCAACUUGCCUCCAAUUAUGUUUUUAUGGGUUUCAGACAAAUGAUUCCUUUAUGAUUGGAAUGAUUUUGUGAGAAUCUUUCCCCAUUCAAAAACUAUUAUACUUUGAUUUUAAUUUCUGUCGUGAUGGAAGAAGAAGAAGAUGGAAGUUGUUAUUGCUUGAACCUUAUUGAUGGUGUGAUGAUGUCACAUUCCCAGGUGGGGGGUGGGAGACAAGAGCCAAAUUUCAUGGUAUUCUCAGAUAUCUAAAAAGUAAAUUCACGAAUGUUGAACCAGGUGAUUUCUUUUAGUGGCUAUAUCCUAGAGAUUGCUAUUUUCCAACAAAAAUCUCAAUUUUAAGAACACUGAUUUUAGCCGCUUUCCAUCUGUACAUCUCAUUGGCCUGUAAAAUGUUAUGUUGUCGGACACCCAGCAAUUAAUUAGCUGUGUAAAAUAUUACACAUUAUGGAGUUAAAUAUAUAUCUUAAGAAUCACCAGGCCCAAGUUACAGGUCAGAUUUGUGGAGAGGUGAUCCCGCUCCCAGUAAGAAUUGUAUAGAUUUUAUAUAUAGAUAUUUUUGAGUAAUGUAAUGAAAAACAAUACACCAGCAUCUAUUGCCAUGGAGACAAGGAGGUGGCAAAUUACACAGUCUACGUAUAUGUAGACUUGUUGAAUUAAAUGUAUUAUCUUAUCAUUAAUCUUUGACUUUUUUGCACACCAAUAAUAUAAUCAAAUGUAUCCAUUGUACUAAAAUGUUUUGUUUAAAUGUUAUAAAUGAACAUUCUAUGUUGUUUCAAUUGCAAAAAACAAGCAAACAAAAAAACCCAAUCUGUUGCCUAUUGUGGGGGCGGGGCCUUGUAAAUGCUUUUUGCUGAAAAGUUAAUAAUAAGCUAUAAUAAGUAUUUUGAAAAACCUAAAGACUGCCAGCUAAUUUUUUUUUCAAUUGUCAUGUAACCUAAUAUUGUCAACAAGAGUGUAAAAAGAUCGUUUUUAGAGUGAUGGUUUAUAAAUUCAGCAAAAAUAAGCAGCACUCUUGUGUUUGACCAUAAAAUCAGGUCAGGUGAAAUCAAGAAUCAUGGCCAAUCUCUUCUGUUUAAAAACAGCUGGUCUACAUGGAGAAGGGGGGCAUAGAAGAAAUAAACAUACAGGGCAGUUCCUUACACAGAUUAUCCAUAAACGUGAGAAGUUUUAAUGGUCUUUUGGAAUGAAAAAUAGAUUUAUGAAAAAGUUUAAGCUUAUUCCUGGAGAAUAAAGUAAUAAAAAUGAAAUAAACUUUGGAAAAGAUUUAAAGAAAUUAUAUAAUGUAUGUAAUAAUAGUUUGCUAAUAAAAAAUAAUACUAAU